AUGCCAACAUGGAACCGUGGCAAGGACGCGAGGGGUUUUUGCAACAAUAACACGACGGAGAAAAACUUUGAGGAUGGUGCAUUUCGAAAUCUGAAUGUAUUUCGUGCUCAUCGAUGGUAAGUGAUGAUAUUUGCUGUUUCUGUUUGGGCGAUGGUUCUAGUUACACUAUUGGCCACACGUUCCAAAAUUUGAGCCUUGAAUUCCCGUCUAACCUUUUGCUGUGGUGGCUUACCAUGCGUGUCGCCUAUCCAUGGGCUAAGGUUAAAAGCAUUUAAGUUGUAAAUCAUUCUUUUUGGUGAAAACGACGAUGUUAUUAUGCAUUUAUUACAACCAUGCCGCAUGUUUUGCACACGAAACACCUAGGCGUCAUGUUUGGGCGGUGUUUACACUGUACGUGUCAUCAUUAAUUAUUAUAUUGUAUAAUCCAUGCACUUCUUGACCCCAUUUGAAUUGUUUUGUGCUAUCAUUUGUAAAAGGUCCGGUUUCAGUUUCACUUCCAUGCUAACAGAAUGAUGCUGCACUUUUAUUUUAAACGUAGCCUACUAAAAAACUAUUAUUGCACAGGCCCCCCAUACUUCUGAAUUUAUCCUUGGUGUUCUGAAUGGGAUAUAAGAUUAUGUCUUAACAUAUAUGUGUUAAUGUGUCAAGGGAGGUAACCUCCAACCUGGCCAGUUGAUUUCAGCAAAUUAUAUUAAUAAAUGACAGGCACCCCAGAAUCUCCAGUGAAUUGAAUAGACGACAACGGACUCCACUGUAUGUGCUGGGCACUCAGCGCCACAGACCACUCUUCAACUGCACGUAAACACAUACAAAAUAUAUACACAAGUUUAUCUCACUCUGGGAUGUACUGGCCUUCUGAAAGUAUCCAGACCCCUUUACUUUCUCCACAUUCUGUUGUGUUAUACAUGUCAGUUUUAGUUAAUUUACAAAAAAGAAAAAGUUAAUCAACACACAAUACCCCAUAAUAAAGAAACAACACGUUUUCUGAAAUCUGUGCUAAUGUAUUGGCCUACCGUGAAGCAUUGUGGUGGGAGCUUUAAACUAUGGGGGAGCUUUUCCACGGCAACAAAUGAGAGACUGAAGGAAGGAUUGAAGGAAGGAUGAACAGAGCAAAAUUCAGCGAGGUCCUUGAAUAAAACCUGAUCCAGAGCACACAGGACCUCAGAUUGGGGAGAAGGUUUCUCUGCAGGUGUAAAAGGAAGCGUAAUUCCCUGCUGACAUUUCUCUUGUGUACUUGGACUGUAUCAAUGGUAUCGUUAAGCAACAGAGCAUUGUCAUCUGAAAAUGAUUUCUUCAGAGACAGUGCUAGCUUGGUCUCCGUGGGGCUCGUGGAGGGCAGUGAUGGUGGGAGUGAAGGGGGCAGCUUUAGCUCGUGUUACAGCCCGGAGAUCAGGGACAUAGGGGCUCGGCUCAGCCUCAGCCCAGGAGUGGAGGAAGAGGAGGAGGAGGAAGAGGAAGGGGGCAGCUUCCCGUUCUGUCAGAACCCUGUGGAGAUGGAAUGGGAGCGGCCAGAAGAUGGCAUGCCGCAGGACCCUGGGCUCCCUGACUUCAGCCCCGGCCUGACCUCAACCUUUUCUCCCACCCUGGAGGACAUUGAGGAGUUCCUCAGGGAGAAGAUGGAACUUGUGAGAGAAGGGGUUCUUUUCUCUAGCAAACCCAUGGAAGAGUCUGCUCCAUCUCCUUCCUGCCCCGUGGAAGAGCCUGCUCCCUCCCCUUCCAGUUCCAUGGAAAAGUCCUGCUCCCCCCCAGGGGGAGACUUUAGCCCAGGCACUAGUGCUGACCUGUCAACCCCCACCACGCAAAACCCCAACACCUCUCACAACCCUUGCCCAGUUGCCCAGUGUCCCUCCUCGUCCCACUCAGUACUCCUUGGAGCACCCCUGUUUUUCCAGAUCCAGUCCCUCCCUCUUGCCCAACCGCUUCCUCAGACAGGCUCUCCAGCUGGGUCGCCCAGUGGGCUGAGGUUGGCCCACCUGGUUCUCGGGUUCCAAGGAGGACAGAACUUUACCCUGGUGCCCACCUCCCCAGCCACGCUUCUCAACAUACCCAGCACAGAUGCCGGAGCUCCAGACCAGAAGUAUGUAAAGAUCGCCCCCCUUCCUAUCACUGUGAGGGUUUCUGGGGCAACGGUGGUUGGGGGUCACAUUGCAGGUGCUGUGGUGAAAGCUGUGGCCCCUCUUAGAGUAAACAGACCUUCUUCUACAGAGACACUAAGGGUGCACAAAUGUUCUCAUCCGGGCUGUGAAAAGAUGUACACCAAGAGCAGCCAUUUGAAGGCCCACUUCCGCAGACACACCGGAGAGAAGCCGUACACCUGCAGCUGGCCUGAUUGUGGCUGGAGGUUCUCUCGUUCUGACGAGCUGUCCCGUCACCGGCGCUCCCACUCAGGGGUCAAGCCCUAUGUGUGCUGUCUUUGCGAUAAAAAGUUUGCCCGCAGCGACCACCUCUCAAAACACACCAAGGUUCACCGCACUCCCCGGCCUGGCAGAAUCCUGAGAGCCACCGUCUGAGACAGUGUCAUCACACAGCAAACCCAGCUCAGGCCAGUGGUCAUACUGAUGGCACCCCUUAACCCGUCGCAGCCCCCUGACUGGGCUGACAGAACUGUAAUAACCCCGCCUCCAGGAUACAGAGCAGCUUGGUGCUCCAUCUUCUGGUGGUGCCUGUGUAGCCUAACGCAGCUCAGUCCAAAUCUCAACCACAACCAGGGUUUGUCUGAGUUAUCCGCCCAGUCGGCUGCAGGGAAGCUCUGUCAGGGAGUCAGGAUUUUCAUCAGGAGUCUACAGAAGAAGACUUCGGACAAAAUGUACUGACUCAUUCAGACCCGCUGUUCUCUGCUCUCCUCCCUCCUGCAGCGGAGCAAAUGUGGGCACGUCCUGAUACUGCUCAGAGGUUAUGGCAAUCUCAGGGAUGUGAUUGUUCUGCUUAAAGGAGAAGUUCACAAUAUUUUAACUAAAUCUGUAUUUGAAUUAGUAUAAAGGUUGCUUUUUUGCUAUUCUACAUGCUGGUUCAGCAUUGCCAGGGGCAGUUACAUCCAAAUACAGGCUUUUCGGAAAACCAAUGCAGUAAAAAAAAAAAACAACAAUUUUGUCCUUGUUCUCCCAGAUCGGCCCCCUUCUGUCUUCACAAUUGUAUGAUAUCCUAUUUUAUCUACGGACCUGUCUGGUUGCCACAGCUCCCAUCGGGGAUGUUUUGGGGAAUAUUGAAGACUGCUGAUAGCCUUCCUACUAGACAUCUGAAUCUAGCCAUUCCAUGUGGGUCAAGGCAUGAGAGUGUAUGGUCACAGAACCGGAAAUCUCUGUUCGAUUUUGGAGGCAAGCAACUUUAAAAGAGUGUGGUGAUAUCUGGGAAUCCCUGUUAAUGUUCUUCCGAGCUAAAAUGCAAAAAGAAAAUGUAAACCUGGAAAUGCUGUUCAAUUUGCAUUGCUCAUCACUCAUCAUCUAGAGGCACAUUCAGGGUUCAAACCUAGACUAUGGUGGUCAGCUUGGUGCUAUGAAAAAAGUGCCUUAGACUGCUGUACCAUCUGGAAUACAUUAUUAUCUCAGCAUUGUGAUGCCUUUGAAUCAGACAAAAUGCAGUCUGAUGUUUCAGAUGAAGUUAAAAAUACACUCGCCUAAAGGAUUAUUAGGAACACCUGUUCAAUUUCUCAUUAAUGCAAUUAUCUAAUCAACCAAUCACAUGGC